CUCUCUUCCACAAGUGCUGGAGUGGCUAACCAACGCUCGCGCCACACGAUUCUUUCGCGAAGCGCUCUCUCAGACCACUCCUGCCCCCGCGCAAAGAGAAGAUACCAGGCAAGUGUGAGCAGCUCCGAGCAAAUCUUCGUUCCUUUCUUGAUAUUAGAGUCGCGAGCUUGUUUCGGUCCUAAAGGGAGAACCUUGCUGCUUACUUGCUAUAUCCCCGCUUGCACUAAGGCUCGUUCUUCGAGGCCGGCUUCUAUACUACUAAACAUCUUACUUCUUAGCUACGCGGUUCAGCGAGAGCCAGCCCCUACACAACAUCUCCGAAUGAAACCAUCAUCAGUCACAGGAACAAAGGAGAAGGUGAAACUGGGAAUCUCACUUCUUUAUAAGGAUGGGAGAAGUUCCCAGUGCGAAUGCACGGUUGACUCAGUUAAACCCGCUAACAACGUGCGUCAUAAGUGGUAUUGGAGUCGGAGUCCCAUAACAUCGUUAACCCGAUUCACUUUUUGUACAAGUACAACAGCUUCAACGUCCAGUUGUUCACCUCAUUACAGGACUCUUUCCCCUCCUAGCCGUCGGUAUGUGAAACUCACUUUCAUGGCUCGAUGUAAUUUACCUCUUUUCCAUGACUACCUGCUUUUCUCGCGUAAAAGCGAGCCAGGGAUACAGGACAAAAGGACCUCCCAACCAUGCGGAUCAUUGUUGUUGCUUUUGUAUCAUGUUCAUUGGUUCAAGACCUUCUUCGCUGUUCGUUGCGAAAUCUUAAACAUUCAGAACUGGCAUAACUCUAAAAUCAUUCUCGGCGUGAAAACACAGCAGAGACAAAGGUCAAUUACAUCGAGCCUAUAUUUAUUCCUUCUUCGCUGUUCGAAGUGGGGGCGGAGUCGUCGUAAAGCUAGGACGGGCAACCGGGACCAACCGAACGAAACCACCCUAUUAGAAAGGCAUGCCGAGCCGCACCGCUUCACCGCAUCACGACUGUUUAACAGGAUGGUACGAAUACGCUCUUUGACUCCGUUAAGGAAGGAAGCAAUUGUUCUCUUUGCGUUUAGCUGGGCAAAGGGAAGAGAAAAUAUGCUAUAU